UCAUGCCCAGAGGACUGGGAGGAUUUCUCCAGCAAGGCGGGGUCUGUGGUGUCCUGCGUGCGCUGCGUGCCACUUUCACUUCAUUUCUCCUACACCUUUCAGCACAUGCACAUUUCUCUCCUGUGCACACUUUAUUCCUUCUUUGCUAAUCCUUGAUUUAAAAAAAAACACUUUUUUUUAUUUUGGUCGUAAGGAAUUUUUUGUCUUAUUCUUUUUCUAAGAAAUAAAUCAUGACCUGCCCCAGAGGAGAUGUAGACAUGAUGGCACGUCACCAGUCGCUGCUAGCCUGUUUUCCAUUUUCCAGUCGAUGAAGAAGGAAUCUGUCUUUUUUUUCCCCCCUUGAGAUCUGGACAGACAAGAACCCAAGCCAACAUGGAGACAUUCACUAUACAUGACAUGCUCAUUAACAGCACGGACAUUUAUAAAAUACUGUGUGAGUUCGCCUUCAGGAACAUGUCCGAGUGCGAGAACCCCAGCGACCUGGGCACACAACCACCAGCGCUGGAGCCUAAAGAUAUAAACCAGACGGUGCGGAUCAUUCUCUACUGUGUGAUCUUCCUGCUGAGUGUUCUGGGGAACAGCCUGAUCAUCGCAGUGCUGGUGAGGAACCGGCGCAUGCGAACCGUCACCAACCUCUUCCUGCUCUCUCUGGCAGUCAGCGACCUGAUGCUGUGCGUGUUCUGUAUGCCUUUCACCCUCAUUCCCAACCUGAUGAAGAACUUCGUCUUCGGCAGCGGCAUCUGUAAAGUGGCCACCUACUUCAUGGGUAUCUCGGUAAGCGUGUCCACCUUCAACCUGGUGGCCAUCUCUCUGGAGCGCUACAGUGCCAUCUGCAAUCCACUAACAUCACGCACAUGGCAGACCAAAUCCCACGCCGCAAAGGUGAUCAGCGCCACAUGGCUGCUAUCCUUCCUGCUCAUGGUGCCGUACCCAAUCUCCAGCACGCUCGUGCCCUACCGCCGCAACAACAACAGCACGGGCAACAUGUGCCGCCACAUCUGGCCCAGCGACAUCAUCCAGCAGUCAUGGUAUGUUUUCCUGUUAUUGAUCCUCAUCCUGGUGCCAGGAAUUGUGAUGAUGACAGCAUAUGGGCUAAUCUCUGUCGAGCUGUACAGAGGAAUCAAGUUUGAAAUGGCUAACAGAAAGGCAAGCCAAGAGAGGCAGAGCAGCACAGGAAGCCUGAAGCCCAGCGAGUGUGACGGCUGCUAUCUUCAGCCCUCCAAGAAGAAGCGCUCAGAUGCGUCCGCCAAUCAGCAAUCGGCACUUCUGGCUUCCAGCAGCAAACCCAAGCUGAACCGUGUGUGCAGCAACAGCCCCACAGCCAACCUGAUGGCCAAGAAGCGCGUGAUCCGCAUGCUGUUGGUCAUCGUGGUGCUCUUCUUCCUCUGCUGGACGCCCGUGUUUGCGGCGAAUGCCUGGCGAGCAUUUGACAAGCGCUCGGCUGACCGCCUGCUCUCCGGAGCUCCCAUCUCCUUCAUCCACCUGCUCUCGUACACCUCAGCAUGCGUCAACCCCAUCAUCUACUGCUUCAUGAACAAGCGCUUUCGUCAAGGCAUGCUAGCUACCUUCACCUGCUGCACAGGGCACGCAGACAGAGAGGGCCGGGGCAGCGGGCGCCUCAGUGCCGGAGGAGGAGGAGGAGGAGGAGGAGGAGCGCUUGGAACUCUGGGAUGUGCUGGAGGGGGAGGGAAGGAGAACACACAGUCCAGCGGGACUCUCACCAGGCUGACAUACAGCAGCAUCCGCGGGUCAGCACAAGCAUAACAGAGUAAAAAGAGAGUUAAUCUGAGAACUCACUGGAUUCCUUUAAUGAUCAUCUGCUCUGGGAUGUUUCCUUCAAAGAUUUCAAAGAUUGGUACGUGAGGAAAAACAGUUGCCUACUUAUUUUUAAUCUGUUUCUGAAGAGGAGCCUUUUUCUUUGUAUUCCUUUCAAUCCAGGCAGCUCAAUGGCAGUUUUCUGAAAAGUUUGGACUUUUCCUAUGACCUGAAAAACCAGAGCAUUAGCUGAGAACUGAACUGCUCACUGAUAUACGAGGCAUUAAGUCUGUAUGCACUAGUGAGCAAGAACAUUGAGAGACUGAUGUUAGAGUCCAGUGUUUAAAUUUGAAUUCAUGUCACUGGUGAGUAAACAGAUACAUCAAAUGGAGCAUGACUGUGCACGGCUUGAGAGUCGCUCUAGUCUGCAUUAGGGCACUGACUCAUGCAUGAGCCUUUUAUGAAACACAAGAAUUGAUGGAUUGAUCCUGGCCCAUCUAUAAUCAUGCACAGAGAGAGAGGAGAGGAGGUUCGUUAAGGGGCUGAAAAUUUAUCUGUUCAUCAAUACAGUUUUAUCCUCUGUGUAGUAUGAUAGGUCUAGAACCACUCAUCUAGCAAAUAUGAAAAGAUAUGGAAAAACAUUAUAUCUUGCUGGACUUAUGAGGGGAAAAUCAUAAUACUUUCCUUAGUUCCAGUGGAUGAAUAAUACAGUUAACACUCAGUGAUAAAGUAACUCCAAUCGGUUCUUUUUUAUAUACCACACUAGCUGUUUCUUUCCCUUCAUUGGAUAAUUUGCAUUCAGUCAUUUUCAAACUACACAGAGAAAAAAACAAUACUGAUGAUUUCAUCUGACUUUGGUGUAAAGAAUAUGUAUUGCACCAUUAAACUUUCCGCCACUUGCUGUGUUUUUAUGUUUUGUGGCGCACACUGGCUGAAAGGGACUGAGGUUGUCCAGAUGCUCUGAGAAAACACACAGCUAACGCUUUCAGAGACUGUACAGACCUCCAGCAUAGCCGAACCGCAUGCAGUCCUUCAGAAUGAUGCCAAACAAACAUACCCAGAAGUCAGUUUGAAGUUCUGUGUACAUACUAUUAGCCACAUAUAAUUUACUCCUUUGGGCCAUUUUUCAGAUUGAAAAAAAAACCCACACAAAUAUAAACAGAUGCAAACACUGUUAUAUGUAAAUAUAAUGAAACAUCCUGGCAAGCCUGCAUACCUCCGUAGCUACAAUCUAUUGUCAUUGCCACACAAAUAUGCAGAAACGUGUAAAUACAGCGUUGGUAAAUUUCAUUGCUGACGCUCUUUGUACAGCGUCUAUGUUCAUGGGGUAUAUCAGCACAAGCACCGCAUCAACCUUUUUUUUCCUCCCAAAGGUACACAGUAGAUUCUUUAUCCAAAUACUGAGUGUUCUUUGAACCUGUACAGAUUGUACCUUUUAUUUGAUCUGCCGCCCUUUCUUAUCUUCCCAUGAGACUUUUCUCACCUGUGAGCAACACGGAAAGCAUCAAGCCAAGGCCUGUCACUCACACCUGGGCCUUUUCCUCCCGAAGGAAAAUGUAGCAUUUUGUAUGAAUUACCUUUCUCGAUUAAAUACGUUUUAUUUCUGUUUUCAUUGUUCACUAACUGUAUGUAGACUGUUUGAAAUAUACUGCAUUACUUCAUGCAUACAAGACAGUGUAAUUGCUCAUGUAUGCUUCUUGGUGGUGACUAAACACUGAACAUAAUAAAAGCUUGAUUACACAUA